UAUUAGGUAGGUACCUACCAAUUUUUACGAGGUUUACGAGGGUGUGCAGCUGAAACGAAGGAUAGAAUUAGGUCUGGUUUGCUUAAAAAUCGAAAUUAUAAGCUUUCGUAUUUGCCUUUAAUUCGUGUUACAUAAAAUCAUAUUUCUAAAAUGUCUUCAGCCAUUCGCACCACAUUAAGAACUGUGUUCAGAAAGGCACAGAUUCGCAGCUAUGCUGAUGCGCCGGCCAUCAAAGAAGGUGAAAUGGCUCUCACUUUUGCUGCUGGUAACAAGGUUUUCUACGACAAGCAGGUUGUGAAACAAAUAGAUGUGCCAUCCUUCAGUGGUGCUUUCGGUAUCUUACCCAAGCAUGUGCCCACCCUAGCUGUGCUUCGACCUGGUGUUGUGACAGUUCUCGAAAAUGAUGGCAAGCAGAACAAAAUUUUCGUGUCAUCUGGCACCAUCACUGUCAACGACGACUCCUCUGUCCAGGUGUUGGCUGAAGAGGCUCACCCUCUCGAGAACUUGGACCGCAGCGCGGCGCAAGAAGCUCUGUCAAAGGCACAGUCCGAGUUCAACUCUGCUUCCAAUGAAAAGGCUAAAGCUGAAGCCGCCAUUGCAGUGGAAGUAGCAGAAGAGAUCGUUAAGGCCGCCACGGCGUAAACUCCUUUCGGCAAGAUUGGCGUAAUAUUAGGAUUUAACAACUAUUUAAUGUAAAAUACAAUUAAAUAUCACUGUCAUGCAAUAUUUUGUUUCUGUGCAUUACCUGUGAUGUCAGUGUGACUUGUAUGAAAUAAAAGGCGAUUCUGUAGUUGA